AUGUCAGGAAUCAUUCACAAGAUAGAAGAGAAACUCCAUAUUGGAGGCCACAAGGAAGGAGAAAAGCACCAUGACCAUAAUAAGCACAAGCAAGAAGAGCACAAAAAUGAACAUGGUCAUAGUGAAGAGCACCAUCACAAGAAGGAUAAGAAAGACAAGAAGGAUAAGAAGGACAAGAAAGACAAGAAGGAUAAGAAGAAAGACAAGAAGCACAAAAAUGAACAUGGUCAUAGUGAAGAGCACCAUCACAAGAAGGAUAAGAAAGACAAGAAGGAUAAGAAGGACAAGAAAGACAAGAAGGAUAAGAAGCAUAACAACAGCAGCAGUGACAGUGAUUAG